AUGGAGGAGCCUGAGAGAAAGCGCCCCAUUAUUGCAGGCCGAGAGAGGGGACCUGGACCUGGUCGUUAUGGCCUCCCACCAACCAUUGGUUACGUCGGCCAUGACUUCACCAAGCCCACCAGCCCCGCCUACUCCUUCCACCACAGGAUGAGCAGCAAGCUGUACUCGGAGGACUCCAGCCCUGGACCGCGGUACUACGUCGAUGCGAAGCUGACUCGCUUCGGACGGGACGGCACCCCGUCCUACUCCAUCGGGGGCAGAAUGAGGAGCUCAUCUGGGGUCUUCCAGACCCCGGGACCCGGCGCCUACAGUCCCGAAGCGGCCCCUCCUCUCAACGGCCACCGCAGACCCCCGUGCUACACCAUGGGCUCCCGCACCAGCUACCGGUCCACGGACGCGGUGCCGUCCCCGAACAAGUACACGCUGCCGGCCCUGCUGGGGCCCCACGCGCCCACCAAGCCCUCCAGCGCCAGCUACAGCCUGUCGGCCCGCCGGGGCCCGGGCGGCUCGUCCGAGGACCGGGCCAUGACCCCGGGGCCCGGCCGCUACAACAGCACGGACCCCAACGUGUACCUGCCCCGCAGGCCCGCCUUCUCCAUCCUGGGCCGCUUCACGGUGCCCAGCGACGCCACGCGCAAGCCGGGCCCAGGCACGCACGACGCCGAGAAGGUGGUGGCCCACCAGCGCCGCCCGCCGGCCUUCUCCCUGGGCAUCCGCCACUCCGAGUUCGUCACGCCGCUGGUGGUGGACGUGCCCGACCGGGGGUGA